AUGGAGAAAAUCGAAUUCCGUGCCGUUAUUAAGUUCCUCACCAAGCGCGGAAAAUCAGUUCACACUAUACUGGAAGAGAUGUCACCCGUUUACGGAGAUUAUUGUCCAAGUAAAACUAUGGUUUACAAGUGGCAUACCCUUUUUAAACAAGGCGGAGAGUCACUUGAAGACGACCCACGGCCAGGAAGGCCGAUCGAGGUGACCACUUCGGAAAUUAUUCAAAAAGACGAAAAAUUAAUACUAGAAGAUGCCCGCCUAAAGAAAAAAUAG